GCGGAGCAGUGGAGCGGCGGAGGUGUGGCGGUGGAGCUCCGUGCUGGUGGAGGGAGGAUCGAGUCCGUAUGAGACACUCAGACGAAGCAGGCGGCGCAUUCCUCCACCUUCCCCCGGUUCCGGUGCUCGAGUCCUGCGCAGCGCACAGAGCGGAGGUCCGGCACCAUGGAGGAUGUGUACGGCUUCACCCGCAGCCCUGCCUGGGAGGAACUGGAGCCGGAGAAAGGACCGGUGUCCGCGGCGGGGAUCCAUGCCCAUGUGGUGGGCGCUGUCGCCGGCUCCGGGGCCGCGGACGAGUCCUCUGACAGCGAGGCGGAGCAGGAAGGCCCCCAGAAGCUGAUCCGGAAAGUGUCCACCUCCGGGCAGAUCCGGAGCAAGACCAGUAUAAAGGAAGGACUGCUGCUGAAACAGACCAGCUCGUUCCAGAGGUGGAAGAAACGCUACUUCAAGCUGCGGGGCCGAACUCUCUACUACGCCAAGGAUGCCAAGUCCGGCAGUGCCGUGGCGCGCUGGCAGGAGCGGGCGCUGCGCCGAGUGUCCAGGAGCCGCGUGGGCUGGCGUGUUCUGUCCGUGUGCUGGACGGGCGCACGCCGCUCCCCCCCGCCUCUGGGUGCCUGCGGGUCUGAGGAAGGCCUAGUGAGAAUCCGGUCCCUCAUCUUUGACGAGGUGGACCUAUCGGACGCCAGCGUUGCAGAGUCCAGCACAAAGAAUGUCAACAACAGCUUCACAGUGAUCACUCCGUUCCGUCGGCUCAUCCUCUGCGCUGAGAACAGGAAAGAGAUGGAGGACUGGAUCAGUUCUCUGAAGUCCGUCCAGUCCAGGGAGCAUUACGAGACGGCACAGUUUAAUGUGGAACAUUUCUCAGGGAUGCACAACUGGUACGCCUGCUCCCACGCACGGCCCACCUUCUGCAACGUGUGCAAAGACAGCUUGUCUGGGGUCACGUCCCACGGCCUCUCCUGCGAAGUUUGCAAAUUCAAGGCCCACAAGCGCUGCGCGGUCAGAGCCACUAACAACUGCAAAUGGACGACUCUGGCGUCCAUCGGGAAGGACAUCAUCGAGGACGAGGACGGGAUUGCGAUGCCUCACCAGUGGCUGGAAGGGAACCUGCCCGUCAGUGCCAAGUGUGCCGUGUGUGAUAAGACGUGUGGCAGCGUGCUGCGGCUGCAGGACUGGCGCUGCCUCUGGUGCAAAGCGAUGGUGCACACAGCCUGUAUGGACCUGUACCCUCGCAAGUGUCCUCUGGGUCAGUGCAAGGUCUCCAUCAUCCCCCCCACAGCACUCAACAGCAUCGACUCAGACGGCUUCUGGAAGGCCACCUGUCCUCCCUCAUGUGCCAGUCCCCUCCUGGUGUUCGUCAACUCCAAGAGCGGCGACAACCAGGGGGUGAAAUUCCUGCGGCGCUUCAAGCAGCUCCUCAACCCGGCACAAGUGUUUGACCUGGUGAACGGGGGGCCGCACCUCGGUCUGCGACUGUUCCAAAAGUUUGACAACUUCCGGAUUCUGGUGUGCGGGGGGGACGGCAGCGUGGGAUGGGUCCUCUCAGAGAUCGACAAACUCAAUCUACACAAACAGUGCCAGCUGGGGGUGCUGCCGCUGGGCACCGGGAACGACCUGGCCCGGGUCCUGGGCUGGGGCCCGUCCUGCGACGACGACACCCAGCUGCCCCAGAUCCUGGAGAAGCUGGAGAGGGCCAGCACCAAGAUGCUGGACCGCUGGAGCAUCAUGACCUACGAGAUCAAGAUCCCGCCCAAACACAGCUGCCCCACCACGCCCGAGGGGCCGGACGACUGCCAGUUUCAUAUUUCUGCCUAUGAAGACUCAGUCGCUGCCCACCUCACGAAGAUCCUCAACUCCGAGCAGCACUCUGUGGUCAUCUCCGCCGCCAAGAUCCUGUGUGAAACGGUGAAGGAUUUCGUUGCCAAAGUGGGAAAAGCUUACGAGAAGAGCACAGAAAACACAGAUGAGUGCGACACCAUGUCUCUCAAAUGUGCCAUCCUGACCGAGAAGAUGGACUCGCUCCUCCACGCCCUCAACUCCGAGAGCCAGGCUCUGCCUCCGCUGCCCCACUCCACCCCUCCCAUAGUGGAGGAGGAGCAGGAGGAGGAGGAGGAGGAAGAUGAGGAGGAGGAGGCCAGCGAAGAGAGCCUGACGGAGCUGAAGGAGAAGCUGGAGGAAGAGGAGACGGAGAAGGGAGGACGGGGCGGCAGCUCCCAACACCAGCUGUUCAAGAGCAGGGAGCAGCUGAUGCUCCGGGCCAACAGCCUGAAGAAAGCUGUGAGGCAGAUCAUAGAGCAGGCGGAGAGAGUGGUUGACGAGCAGGCGGUCCACACGGACGACACCGAGCUGCCGUCCUCCCUGGAGUUCAGGAAAGAGAGCGAGGACGAGAACAGGGACAGUGAGAAGGACGAAGACACCAAGGAGCUGGAGUCGCUGCCAUCUGCCAAGAGUCCCUGUUCCCCGAUGGAGAGGAGGGUGAGCCGCAGCACUCAGUCCUACAGCUCCUUCACCAUCACGCCAUUCACCACCAGCAAGGAGAACCUGCCGGUGCUCAACACACGCAUCAUCUGCCCGGGCUUGCGGGCAGGCCUGGCUGCCUCCAUCGCCGGCAGCUCCAUCAUUAGUAAGAUGCUGCUGGCGAACAUCGACCCGUUCGGCGCCACGCCCUUCAUCGACCCCGACCUGGAUUCGCUGGAGGGCUACAUGGAGAAGUGUGUGAUGAACAACUACUUUGGAAUCGGCCUGGAUGCUAAAAUCUCGCUGGAGUUCAACAACAAGCGAGAGGAGCAUCCGGAGAAAUGCAGGAGUCGGACCAAGAACAUGAUGUGGUACGGAGUGCUGGGCACCAAGGAGCUUCUGCAGAGAACCUACAAGAACCUGGAGCAGAAGGUCCAGCUGGAGUGUGACGGACAGUACAUCCCCCUGCCCAGCCUCCAGGGCAUCGCCGUGCUGAACAUUCCCAGCUACGCAGGCGGGACCAACUUCUGGGGCGGCACCAAGGAGGAUGACAUCUUCUGUGCUCCGUCGUUCGAUGAUAAGAUCCUGGAGGUGGUGGCCGUGUUCGGCAGCAUGCAGAUGGCCGUUUCCCGAGUCAUCAAACUGCAACACCACCGCAUCGCACAGUGCCGGACCGUGAAGAUCACCAUCCUGGGCGAUGAAGGAGUUCCCAUCCAGGUGGACGGGGAGGCCUGGAUCCAGCCGCCCGGCGUCAUCAAGAUCCAACACAAGAACCGGGCUCAGAUGCUCACCAGAGACCGGGCGUUUGAGAACACGCUGAAGUCGUGGGAGGACAAGCUGAAGUACGACAAGCCUCCUCUGAGGCCUCACCUCUACCCUCAGCAGUCUGUGGACCUGGCCACGGAGGAGGAGGCCGCCAUGGUGCAGAUGUGCGCCCGAGCUGCAGAGGAGCUCAUCACCAGGAUAUGUGAGGCUGCAAAGACCAACGGGCUUUUAGAGCAGGAGCUGGCUCAUGCUGUUAACGCUGCGUCACACGCCAUCAACAAGACACACCCCAAGUUCCCAGAGAGUCUGGCGAGGAUCACAGCGAUCGAGGUGGCCAGCACCGUCAAAGCUCUGUACAACGAGACCGAGUCCCUGCUGCUGGGCCGAGUCUCUCUGCAACUGGACCAACCGGAGGAGGAUCUGCUGUCCAGUGCUCUGCAGAGCGCCGAGCUGGAAAUGGCCAAACUGGGAGAGAUCCCGUGGCUCUACAACAUCCUGCAGCCUAACGACGAGGAGGACCACUCUCUGGGUUACGGCAAGAGGAACAAUCGCAGCAGCAUGUUUCGCAUUGUCCCCAAGUUCAAGAAGGAGAAGGCCGCCAAGAAGACCAGUCCUCAGUCAGUGGAAAGAUGGGGCCCGGAGGAGGUGGGCGUCUGGCUGGAGCAGCUGAGCCUGGGCGAGUACAGAGACACCUUCAUCCGCCACGACAUCCGCGGCUCGGAGCUGCUGCACCUGGAGCGGCGGGACCUGAAGGAUCUGGGGAUAUCGAAAGUGGGUCAUAUGAAGAGAAUUCUCCAGGGAACUAAAGACCUGGCCAAGGUCUCCAUGGUGGACCUCUAACCCAGGAGCUGGAGCGACUGGUGGGGGGGAGGAACCAACUCUCCCCUCGUGUCAAUGGAAGAGUUGUGAGGCGUCGUGAAGAAGAGGAGAGGAACUGAAGAAGAGGAGCUGGAGUGACUCUCUCUUUGUGACGUUGUGAGCAGCUCGCUCAUGUUUGUUUGUGCUCUGGUGCCAAUGGAGGAAGCUGAAGGAAGUCGCAACAGGAAGUCGUGGAUCCUCACUAACAAACAAACAAACAAACAAUCAAAAAAGCCAUUUCUGAGUUAAUAACCAUUUCUAGCACACAACCAGGUAUGCAACUAACCAUUACUGUUCACAGGCAACCCGCCGUCUGGGUUCCCAUUACUAACCAGUAGCAAAACCAGGACUUCCAUGAGUGUGGGUUAGGUUUGAGUCCAGGUCCGAGUGUGUGACGCUGCUGGACCUCAGGUCACAUGUCGGCUCCAGACAGGGAGGGGGCGGAGCCUGAAGGUUCCUGUCGCAUGCUACGCUCGCUCAACCUUAGAGACGUUUAACUGCAUGAUUAGUGUCUUGGGUUUUAUUUCGUGUGCUAAAUAACACUUGAACAAGUUUUACAUGACUUAAGUAUUUCGAUGCCAUUUGUUACUACUGAGAAGCAUCUUUCUGGUCUCACUCAAACCUUCUUUCUAGAUUUAAUUUAUUCUGUUUGCAUGACGAUGACGUGUCAAUGAUUUGUGUCCAGUGCCAUAUCUUGGGUCAUUUCCUGUGAACUGUGCUUUACUGGUAGACGUCAUGAGAACUUUGGUUUUUUAUUUGAGAAAAGCUGUUGUUGCGGUUUUGAGUAUUUGGAUUUAAUAUCUGUGAGUGGACAUCAGAACCGAAGUGAAUGUCUAUGAAACGUGAUCGUCUGAUGACUCUGCUCUGAACUCCACUCUGUUAUUUAAUAGACCAGUAGAUCUUAGGUCUUAUUUCCAUUUGAGGUUUAUUAGUCAGGAAGUUAAACCACAUCGACUGUGGGGAAGUUUGUUUUUAGGAAAACUUAAAAGGCACUUUUUACUUCUUGCUUCAUGCAAGUGCAAAAUCCUCAUAUCGUAGAAUUAACUCUUCACCUCAACCUUUUUACUUUCGGCAGUGUAACGCAGUAUUUAACACUAAUGAGAAUAGGAGUUAGAUAUUGGUUUUGAGUAUAUGUACACAGUAAUACUACAGCUGACCUGCAGCAGCCUGCAUAGCAACUAGUUCAACUACUUUUACUUCAACUCAUUUAAAGUAAGUUUCUUCUAAGACUGGUGGCAUUACAGGGUAUAUUUCCACACGUGUCCCCAUAUAUAUAUAUAUAUAUAACUAAAUAUAUAUAUAUACACGCACUGUAUAUACAGUAAACCAGUGUAUGCAAACAAUGUUUGUAGGUGUUGUAGUCUAAUGGAUUUGUAUAUUAUUGCUGACAUGGCAUGCAUUGUCCACAGCUUACACAUUUGAUUGUGUAUAUUACACCUUGACGAGUGUGUAUAGUUGAUCUUGUUCUAAUCUCUUGUACAUGAUGAUGCUGUUGUAUUUUAAUGAUGGUGCAAUAUUUGAUCUCUUGUUUUGAUACUUGUCUCUGCAGCUUUCUGACAUGAAGGAGAAAAAACCCUUGAAAGAGUUUUUUUGUACCGUUUCUCCUCCUCGAGUUUGAGGAUUAGAUUUUAAAGCUUCGACCCACAGACAGAUGUUUUCUAACGGACUCCACGUUUCUUCCAGCAGUUCACUAGUUUGUAGUUUUGCUCCUCUGUGCUUCCAGGACGAUACACCUCGGUGGGACUGUGUCGGUGAAUGAGUCGAGUGGGCAGACACGACUGUUGUGUGUUUCUAAUGUGUAUCACGACGUGUUAGUGUGUGUUCUACAACAGUGGAAUAUUUGACCUCGUACCAUCGUUAACUUCCUCUUUCGGAGAAUCAUUUCUUGCUCGUACAUCGGUUUUUAUUCUUUCUGUUUCCAUCGUGUAUAAAAUAGUUUUUUUUAGAUAAAUAUCGAGUGUUAAAAGCCAACGAGACGCACAAGUUUCCCCCCCGAUAAUCUCAAAUAACUGAAUGGAGCGAAUCAGUUUGUGAGGAGUGGUGCACUGACCCUGACCCCCCAGUAGAGGGCAGUCCAUCCUGCCUCUCAUUGUCAAACAGGCUGAUUUCACAGAGACAAUCAGUUCAAACCUUUGUAUUCAACAGAAUCGUGCACAUCGGCGUGCACGAGACAUUCAGCCUAUUAACCUAGCUCCAGUGGUAAAGCUCAUCCUGCAUCUCACAGCCACAGAUACAGGAGGCGUGAGUCACUAGAAACCACUCAUUUAAAAAGGUCAGAGGUCAUUUCCCCUGACAGAACAGAACUAUGCCUUUAAUUUAAUCCGUCGGCCUUUCUGCGAUCCAGUAACUCUGCGUACAGCUUUGACCUGAGUUCAAGCCUUUGUGUUCUUACGUGUGCUUUAUCAGAGCAGUGUGGUAGACCUGCUGUUUGCUGCCUCGCGCCCACAGUGCAUCACGGUCGUGUGUGUGUGUGUGUCUGUGUUUAGUGUCUGCCGGCCGGGUUCAGUCACACAAAGAGAGUUUUGGGCCCCAGGCUCCAGUGGGGGUCGUGCUCGCCCCCCCCUGCGGAGCGGAGAGUGGACGUCCCCUCGCUGUGUCUCCAGUGGUCUGUAAAUAAUGCUGCAAACUGCCUGGUUUUUAAAACCUGUCCACAUGCCAGGAUCUCUAGAAGACAGAUUAACACUUAGUCUUGGACUCGGCUCCUAAAGUCAUGGGAGAAAAGUGAAUUUCAUUUGUUUACAUUAUGUUUACAAUGGCACAGUUUUAAUUUGUAAGAAUAUAUAUGUAGGUAUAAACAACAUUUGCAUAUUUAUUGCCUAAGGUUAAAUGAUAUGAUGUGUAUUGUGUUUUCACAUUUGGAAUAUAAUGUUACAGUUGUCACCUGUAUUACUAUCUGGAUGAUUUUGGUAAAGUAGUUGAUGAUUUCUAUGACUACUAAGUGACUGUUUUCUGUGCCUUUUUAUGGUUAGAAUGCAUGGUUAACUAUUUAUUACGAUUUGGAGUCACCGAGAUGUGUAUUUUUGUAUUCCGAAUAAAUAACUGGUUGAGCUUUUGUUGUACAUUUGUAAGGUGCCUUAAAACAGGCUACCUAUUCAUAUCUCUCUUCUUCAAUAAAACCAAAUACAUAUGCAGUGUG